AUGGGACGGUCCUAUUACUACAAUUUCAUCAUUCUUUGUGUGCUGUUUGUGGCACAGAAGGAAGCCGCCCAUGCGGCAUCCACGAUAACCUCGGCAGUCCCCUCCAUUAUUCCCAAUCCGUUUGCCAAGAAAAAGGUAUCCAAGUUUGCCCAACUCCAAUCCUUUGUGCUGGGACGAAACGGAAAGAAGAAAAAUGGCAAUGGCGGCAGUAGUAAUAACAACAACAACAACAACAAUCAAAAGAACAACAACAACAACAACAACAACAAUCAAAAGAACAACAACAACAACAACAAUGCCGAAAUUGUCCGGAUACAGGCCCAAAAUGUACUAGCCGGACUAGCAUCGGCCAUUGCCUUGAUCCCAGAAGCUUCCACCUUUGCCAUGACAGCAGGCUUGAGUCCAUUGGUGGGUUUGGGGUCCACCAUCAUAAUGGCAACUUUUAGUGGCACCUUGGGUGGAAGGCCGGGCCUCGUCAGUGGAGCCAGUGCGACCGUGUCCAUGAUAUUAAAGCCAUUGUGCCAACAAGAAGGACCCUUAAUGGUGGGUUUGGCCGUCAUUCUGGCUGGUUUGAUGCAGAUUUGUCUCGGGUUGACUCGAUGCGGAAAGUAUAUCCGAGUGGUGCCGCGGCCUGUGAUGCUUGGAUUUGUCAAUGGCCUAGCCAUCAAGGUAGUUCAAGCGCAGAUCCCUCACUUUCAACAUCCACAUGGAGUCUGGUUGCGUGGAACCGCAUUGAAGUGGCACUCGAUACUGGUAGUAGCAUCCGCACUCAUCAUUGAAUAUUUUCCCAAGAUUGCCAAGGGAUCGAUAAUACCAUCCCCGUUGAUUGCUCUAGGUUUUGCGUCCAUUUUAGUGGAAAAGAUGGAACUCCCAGUACCCAAGUUGGUGGACAUUGUCGGUCCAGAAGCCUUUCAAGGUGGGAUUGGAACGCUGGUACAGGCUCUGUUUCCAUUUGCUGGUUCGGCUGACGAAUCGUCAGUGGGAAUUCAAAAAUGGCUGCCACCGUAUGGAUCCAUUCUCACGCUGGAGCAUCUGAGAAAGGUAUUUCCAACAGCAUUGGAGGUGGCCGUGGUUGGCUUGUUGCAAUCCCUAUUGGCAUUGCAAAUUGUCGACGAACGCACGAAUACAAAAGGAAAGAAUACCAAAGAAAGCAUCGCCCAAGGAUUAGGCAAUCUAGUCAGUGGAAGCAUGGGAGGCAUGGGCGGUUCGGCAUUACUGGGGCAGUCUCUAGUUAAUGUUCAAGCGGGUGGUACCGGCCGACUGUCCAGUAUCGCUGUAGCUAUCUUUGUCUUGGCGGGAGUCACUUUCUUUGCUCCAAUCUUGGAAAGAAUACCCGUGGCUGCCUUGGUUGGUCUGAUGCUGACUGUUGCCCAGCAUACCUUUUCUUGGGGCUUGCUGGAUUCCAUGGUGAAGGGUCAAGUGCCAUGGGCCGACAUUAUCCUCACGGUUUCCGUGACAUUGACUACUACCUUUGUCAACAUGGCAGCAGCAGUAGGAUUGGGCGUAUUGGCGUCAGCCCUUCGAUUUGCUUGGCAGGCUAGUUGCAAUAUAUCCGCACGUUCUACAGGCAAAGGAACAUCCUUGCAAAAUCGUUACAUAAACGUGCAAGGACCACUCUUCUUUGGGAGCGCCUUGACCUUUCAAAAAUUAUGCCAACCAUCGGAACAAGACCGCGAGAUUGCCACCAAGCUUGAGAAUCGAUUUUUGUUAAAGGCCAAAAGCAAAGCAAACGAAGGUACUAGCGAAGAGACUCCAUCACAUCCUCCCAAGUUUAUGACGGGUCGAGAAACAGUGAUUGACUUUUUGAAUUCUCAAGUUUGGGAUCAUGCGGCCAUUAUGGCUAUCGAAUCAGUGUGCAAGCGAUAUCAUGAUCUCGGCGUCAAACUUCACUUGCGCCAUGUCAGUCCUGACUGUCGGGAAAAGAUUCUAGAAUGUUCCGAUGUUGGCGAGUGGUCGACCGAAUUUGAUGUGGAUGCGUCUUCAGAUCCAACCUAUCUGGUGGGCGUGGAUCCAAUCAACAAGUCGCAACGUUUGAAAAAAUAG